UUAGAAAAAUCCUAAAAUACACACAUGGCUCUCAAAUAUUUUAUUUUCGUACUCAUAGCUUGUCCCUUUUUGAUAAAUGGGAAAGUAGAACUUCCACCAGAGUUUCUGAAAUGGGCACAACAGCUACACACAGAUUGUGCUACAGAGAGAAAAUUAAGCGAAGGGGACAUCAAAUCUUUUGAUAUUUCGAAAAAAGAUGCUCCAAUGAUGUGUUACGUGAAGUGUUUAUUUACUCAUGCACGUUGGGUCGACGAAAACGAGGUAGUGCAGACCGACUUCAUCAAAAAUAAUGUUCCAGAUCCAGUCAAAUCAGUUACCCUUCCUAACCUAGAUACAUGUGCUAAAAAAGCCGUCGGAGCGGACUGCGAAAAAUCCUACAAUUUCUUUAUGUGCAUGCAUGAAGCUUUCCCAGAGGACUGGGUUCUACUGUAAGUUGCGAUUUGGAUCACUCCGACAGUAUUGUAGCGGUUAAGAUAUAUAGAAGAAAAAUCUUAGUUUUUCUAUUGUUAGCAAUUAA